AUGGCAGUUCAAGUGCUUUCACCUCCUCAACCAAUUGAUCCAGCGCACCAACCUCCGACUAGUGUCACUUCCAUCCCAGCAGAUGCACCACUUGACGAGAUCCUCCGAAUUCUUGAAAAAGAUGGUGGCGUUAUCCUCACCAACUUUGCAAGUCCAGAAGAGCUCGCUGCCAUCGAUGAAGAUGUCGAGUCUUAUCGCAAGGAGACUCGCUCGACCGCAGACAGCGCGCUGCACAUCAUUCCCAAAGAGACGCUUGCCGUGCCUGGCCUUGUCGGAAAGUCGCCGACAGUUGCCAAGCUCUGCGAACACCCCGUGUUGGAAGACCUUCGCACAGCCAUCCUACAGGACAACUUCAGUGUCAUCCGGGAGGACUUCGUCGAGCAUAACACCAUCGACCCCCUCUUGAGCAUCAGCGUCACUUUGCACAUUGGCUACGGCGCUCCGCGUCAGCGGCUUCAUCGCGACGAUAAUGUGCACGGCAUCAAGCAUGGCGGCAAGUUCGACCUCAAAAAGGCGAGUCAGUUCGGCUGCCUUAUUGCUGGAACGAGGACCACUCGCGAGAAUGGUGCUACUAUGUUUGUCCCUGGCUCUCACAAAUGGGAUGACUCCCGAGCUCCGCGGACGGACGAGGUUUGCUUUGCAGAAAUGAGUCCAGGGUCUGCCCUCAUCUUCCUAGCUUCCUGCUACCACGGCGGUGGUUACAACUCGGUUCCAGGUGAGGUUCGCAAAGUUCACGGUCUAUUUUUCGUAAGGGGGACUCUACGUACUGAGGAAAACCAAUUUCUCGCGAUACCGCGGAGCAAGCUGUGGACGAUGAGCGACAAGAUGCUCUCGCUUCUUGGAUACAAGAAGCCUUCCACAGUGUUGGGUAUCGUUGAAAACGAAGACCCAGACUCGAAGGGCGGAAGAUCUCUGUUUCAGACCAGCAACUUCGACAACAUGGGGACACCUGAAGCUCGUUUGGGAGGGCUCAUCGAACCCAUAACAAUAAUAAGGCCUGGAUCGCCGACUACAGAGUCUACAGACUUCGAAUGGAGCAACCACGAGAAGCCAUGGCACGAGUGGGUUGCUUCCCAACAGAAAAUAGUGCGGAACUUGGUCCCCGUUGGCACCGUCCUGCAGAAUUUGGAUAUCCCGGGCCCGGAGAGUGACAUAAUACAACGGGUUUCGGAGCUAGUUGCAAAAGAGCAGUCGUACAUCCUGGACACCUGUGAGGAGGCUACCAACAAGCUCUACAGCAGCAUAUCUUCAGUGGUUAAGAAAGAUGCUUUUACAUUAUGGUUGCAAGGCUACUUUUCGAGCACUACGAUUAUCCUCGGGGCCGGCGGCGAGACCUCAUGUCCUAUCUCCUACAUGUGCGCGACAAUGGGCAGAAAACUGUGCGCGACACUGGGCAGGGAACUGCCCCAGAUGCCCUAUAUCUUUCCGCUCAGUUUCUUCUGCCAGCUGCACCUUGAAGAACAUGACCCGCUUCGGGGCGUGGAGGGCAUGAUGAGGUCUCUUAUUGCUCAGCUCCUAGUCCACAAGUCUGAAAACAGAUAUAUGACAAACAAAUUGACUAUAGAACAGUGGGCACCGGGACAGAUACCUUUAGGCAACGUAGGGAAGUUGUUUCAACAUUUUGCCUCUCUCGUCAAGACUGUAACUGCCGGUACUAUCAUCUGCAUCAUCGAUGGCAUCAAUCACUUUGCGAAUCCGACUGGUACAGGGGGAUCCGACGACGUGGACUGCGUUAUGAGAGGCUUCCGUGAACUUAUGAAAGAAGUGGAGCAGGCCAGGGAAGACAAGAAAGGGGAAGUUAGGCUCAAACUCCUGCUCACGAUUCACGAGCCUGGUAAGCACAUAGAGUAUCAGUUCACGGAAGCCACGGCAAUAUUGCGCCUCCCGGGACCAGAAAAGAGGCGAGCAGAAGAAUUAGCCGAGGCACGAGCAGGCAAGAGACGAGCAUAG